AUGCUUGUUUUUCCCAUUUCCUUUAUCGCCGUGGGACGGGAUUGCUGCGGGGCGCAGUGGUGGGAGAAGAGCGAUUGGACGGGGUACAAGGAGCUGGGCGCGGAGAAGUCGGGCAGAAACGAUCAAGGAGAUAGCUGGUGGGAGAAGUACAACGGCAAGGGGUGGACGGAGAAAGGGUCGCACAAGUACGGGCGGUCCAACGACCAGUCGUGGUGGGAGAAGUGGGGCGAGCAGUACGACGGCCAGGGCAUGGUGCUCAAAUGGACGGACAAGUGGGCGGAGAAGGACGACGGCACCAAGUGGGGCGACAAGUGGGAGGAGCGGUUCACGUCGGGGGUGGGGCACAGACAAGGGGAGACCUGGCACGUCGAGAACUCAGGCUCCCGCUGGUCGAGAACAUGGGGCGAGGAGCACUUCGGGGAUGGCGGAGAUUCCGUUCCAGAUGGUGCCGUCAGAGCAGCAAGAGAUGCCAUCCAGGCACAGCUUGACCGCCUCAGCCUGUCCCUCCAGCACCACUCCCCCGUGCCAACCUGCAUGUUCGCUGCUGACCUCACCAUCAUGCCACCCAACACUGCCACGUGGAAUCUGAACUCCACUCAAGCGCGAGCCAAGCUGAUUAAGUACCUGAAGCAUUGUGACGCCCUGGCUGCUGGGGACAGUGCCAGUGCUGCAAGGCUCUUCUCCCCGCGUGCCACCAUCAUGCCGCCUGAUCAGCCCGAACGGCAGUUCCAGUUCUCGUUCCAGCUCCAGCAGUACCUCCAGCCGCUGGCAUCACUUCAUCUCCGAUUCAGCUUCCACAUUGAGGAAGUUGUGAAGAUUUUCACACCCAAGGACACGCUUGGUGCGGAAGCAGCCGUGGAUGCACUUAGUGACGCAGCCACCCAGGCAGACAAGGCUCUGAGCAGAGGCCAGUUCACAGCGACGAACACUUCAGGGAGCGUGUGGGGAGGAGUGCAGUGGGAGGAGCGAGGGACGAAGGGCGCUGGUGGAGGAAGCCGUGAGCUGCACUGGUGGGUGCCAGGACAUUCUGCAUAA